UGCACUUGAAUGUAAACUGGAUGAACUGCAUAGAUCUUCGACUGGGAACUGCCCCGGAUUCUGAUUGGACGACAGUUCGCCACGUGCGCAUACAAGACAAUGAUACAAGACCCAUAGAUUGUUUUUUCAGGUUAUUUUGUAUCACGUUUAAGAGGACUCCGAGAGGUGUUGACUGAAGCUAUUGGGAAGCCAAAUUCAGUUGGAGCUUGCAGUGGUGAAGAGAACAGCACCAUCAUGUCUGGGGGCUCGUUUGAUAUCGACGCGCCACGAUGGGACCUAACCACGUUCACAGGGCGACUGAAGCACUUUUUUAACAUUACGGAUUUCACAACGGCGCUCUUGCCGGAUUCACGCCUGGACGAGGCCAAAGCGUUGGUAGAGAGCUGCAGGGCGGGCUCGGUUCCCCCAGGAACCCCAGAGGAGCAGCUCCACUACGCCAAGAAGCUCUACGACUCGGCCUUCCACCCGGACACGGGGGACCGCAUGAACAUCAUCGGCCGGAUGUCCUUCCAGGUCCCCGGGGGCAUGGCCAUCACCGGCUGCAUGUUGCAGUUCUACAGGACGGUUCCUGCCGUGGUGUUCUGGCAGUGGGUGAAUCAGUCCUUCAAUGCCCUGGUGAACUACACCAACCGCAACGCCGCGUCGCCCAUCACGUCCAACCAGAUCGGAGUGGCCUAUUUAACAGCCACCACCACAGCCUUGGCUACGGCCGUCGGACUCAACCUCUACACAAAGAAAGCCCCGCCCCUGGUCGCCCGCUGGGUCCCGUUCGCAGCUGUGGCCUCGGCUAACUGCGUCAACAUCCCCAUGAUGAGGCAACAGGAGAUCCUGAAUGGCAUUGCAGUCACAGACGAGAACGGCAACAAGCUUGGUCAUUCUAAGAAAGCAGCAGUUAAGGGCAUUUCUCAAGUGGUCCUGUCAAGGAUUACAAUGGCAGCGCCUGGCAUGAUCAUUCUUCCAAUCAUCAUGCAGAGGCUAGAGAAGUACAAGUUCAUGCAGAAAAUUACAUAUCUUCAUGGGCCACUCCAAGUGAUGUUGGUGGGCGUGUUCCUGGUGUUCAUGGUCCCGGCCGCCUGCUCCCUGUUCCCCCAGAACUGCUCCAUGGCGGUGUCGAAACUGGAGCCGGAGUUGAGAGACUCCAUCAGGGGGCGCUAUGGAGAGAGUGUACAGCACGUAUACUUCAACAAGGGCCUUUGAAGAGGAGGCUACUACUGUGUCUCUGAUAUUUGAUGCCAGGACAGUGACGAUGCUGUUGUACACAGUGCUUAGUAGUGAUGGUAGCGGUUUCAAAUGGCUUCUCUCUUUCUUUCUUUCUUUCUUUCUUUCUUUCUUUCUUUCUUUCUUUCUUUCUCUCUUUCUCUCUUUCUUUCUCUCUUGUGUGUGUCUAUUCGAGGUGCAUUGUUAUUUCAUCUUUCCUUUUUGGUAGUUCUCCUCCUUCAGCUGACCUGACUUACUUUGGACCCAACCGGGUUGUCCAUUCCCUCGUCUAUAUCCAAAAUGCGUGGUAUGUCGUUAGCCCCGACGAUAAACCAAACCCUCAGGAACAACACAUUACGUUGCUGGAACAAUUAAGCUAGAAAGGACAAUACACGUGGAUGCAUCAUGAUAACAUGGGUGUGUUUCAUUUUGAACAAUAAUAAUGUUGCACCGCUUACAAUGCGAUUUUUGUCCUUCCUAAUGCUUUUUACCUCAAUGAGGGCCUUGCCUUACCUGUGAGCCGUUGUAAGAGGACUACUGCUAUCAGACUGCUCUUCGUACACCAUUGUCAGUGUUUUUAAACAGUGAUUAUUAAUUUCCCUUCAAUUCUGUGCCUCUUUUGUGGUCGGUGUGAUGCUGCUGCUAUGCAUUAAGUAUCGACUGAUUUUACUGUGAAUUCAAUAAUUUGUGUGCAUUGGUUUAUGGUUUAAAUCAGCCUGUUCAAACAUAAAUCGCCAAAUCUUAAAAAAAAUAUGGUAUUGUUUAUGUGGACUUAAUAAGCUUUGAUAACAUGUUUGGAAA